AUGAAGCGUGUUGCUGGAAAUUCUCUCGGCGAGACGGUGCUGAUGGAUUUGUGGGCUACUAGACUGCCACCCCACGCUCAAGCUGCUGUGAUCGCAUCAAAGGGUGACGCCGCUGAGAAGACGACUAUCGCGGAUGCCAUCGUCGAUUCGAUGGGUCUUCGUAACAUCCACGCCAUCGACAUGAAGGCGCAGCAGACACCAUCGUCAUCAACACACGUGGCGGAUAAACCAACGCAAGGCACCAUCGAAGCCCUUCAUCGUGAAAUUGCACAGCUAUCGAGCAAACUCGAAAAAAUAUUUUCUGCACGUGGUGCCGGCGGUUAUCGAGGGCGAUCGCGUUCACGCUCACGUGGUCGUGAAAAGUCAACAUUCGUUUCCCGUGAUAAAACGCCGUCGGAUGAACAGUGCUGGUACCAUCGUGUUUUUGGACAUGACGCGCGGCAGUGUCGGAAACCGUGCUCAUUCGGCCAGCCAUCGUCGUCUGGCACAGCGAGCAAACAGUGA